AUGGGCCGGUCUCCUAGUCCGCGCCGUCGCGACCGUGAUGAUAGACAGGAUAGACGUGAUCGCGACAGGCACAGGGAUAGGCGCAGACGGACGCGUUCACGGUCACGUUCACUAGAACGCCGGAGACGGUCCCCGGACAGGGACAGACGACGGUCCCCGUCCCCCAGGCGACGCCGCUCGAGAUCAAUUUCUCCCGGCCCAAGCACAUCCUUCGUGCCAAAACCAAAGAAGAAGAACUACGUGGAACGCCCCAUAGUGACCCCCGCGGACCUAGAAGGAAAAUCCCCUGAGGAACAGGAGAUGCUAAAGGUGAUGGGAUUCUGCGGCUUCGACACAACAAAAGGUAAAAAAGUUGACGAUAACGUUCAGGGCGAGGUACAUGUUGUUCUCAAGCGGAAAUAUAGACAGUACAUGAAUAGAAAGGGCGGUUUCAACAGGCCGUUGGAUUUUGUCGCUUAA